CACGGUGUGUACCCAUUGUUUGUUUUUUUCCCUUCCAACUUCCAAAGUGUCCUUCUGCAUUACGCAAUAGUUUCACGUAUAUAUAUAGCGCCCGAAGUGAUCUUUGCGCAAACUCGCUUUAUCGCUUCGUAACAUUCGUUCCCGUCCUUUUAAGAGAGAGAGAGAGUAGAAACUAGAAACCCUAGUUGUUGUUCGGCGUAACAAGUUUCUGAAAUGUCUGCAGAAGAGAAGAAACCCCCCGUUGGUGAUCAGGCUCAGUCCAACCAAAUUAAUCUUAAGGUCAAGAACCAGGAAGGGAACGAGGUGUUUUUCAGGAUUAAAAACAAUACUCAGCUAAAGAAGCUUAUGACAUCUUAUUGCGAACGUCAGUCAUUGGACGCGAAGGCGAUUGUGUUCUUGUUUGAUGGACAUCGUAUUAAAGCAGAGCAGACCCCAGAGCAACUUGGCAUGGAGGAUGGUGAUGAAAUUGAUGCCAUGCUGCAUCAGACUGGUGGUGGCUUUGGAGAAAUAUGACUUAGAAAAGCUAAGAGAGUACACUAUGGUAGGUAUUUGGAAGCUUAGACUAGUUAGUACCUUGAAUUGCUAAUGUUUGAUUUGCAUGCGAAGGACUCGGGAAAAAGAGAUCUUUUCAAAACUCUUGCUGUCUUUAAAACUCCAAACUUGAAUUUAAGUUUUUGGCCAUUUUGUUCGUGACUAUGCAUCUUAAUGCGAAGUGAUUUUUUUUGUUUAAA